AUGCCGUCGCCGAAGCCCAUUGCCAAGCGUCAACAACGCCGAUACGUUUCGUACCAUAUCCCCGAAGCAACAUUCCGACGGUGGGUCGCGAACUCGUCCAGCUACCUGGCGAAAAAGACCCAUGGUCCGUGGGCAACUCUUCAUGGCAAAGGACGCCUGGAAUCUGUCGAGUUCUCAAGCGACUUGUCGUACCAUAUCCCCGAAGCAACAUUCCGACGGUGCGUCGCGAACUCAUCCAGCUACCUGGCGAAAAAGACCCAUGGCCCGCGGGCAACUCUUCAUGGCAAAGGACGCCUGGAAUCUGUCGAGUUCUCAAGCGACUUGGUCGCAUUCAUGGAGUCCGUGUGGGACGGUGAACACUUCCUCACGACUGCACAUCUGGUCACCUGGAUGAAGUCGCACCGGCCGCUUUGGCUCAAAGCGUACAUGGAUGGCAAGCUCAAUGAUAACAGCAUACAAGAGCCUGCUCCAAUGGUGCCUGAAGUUCGCGAACCAUCAUGGAUACUCCCAUCGAGUGCCGUGCGCUGCCAAGGCCACCCAGUCAGAGCUUCAAGUCGUACAAGAAGCAUUCUCGGCGGAGUUCUUCUCAAAGUUUGGGCACCUUCCACGCUGCGAGUGGAUCAACGUCGACGAAACCCCGGUGUACUACGACAUGCCACCGGGCAAGACACUGGCAAGUCAUCGCGAGUCAAAGAGACGCAGAAGCACUCCGACCGGAUUACGGUCGUGCUGUCAAUCCGGGCAAACGGUACAAAAGAUACGUCGUAA